AUGGCUCCGACACUGAAGAAGCCUGUGGUGCGAAAGGGUGGAAAGAGGAAGAAGCAGCUCCUGAAGUUUACUUUGGACUGCACUCACCCUGUGGAGGAUGGCAUUAUGGAUGCUGCCAACUUUGAGCAGUUUCUGCAGGAGAGAAUUAAAGUGAAUGGAAAAGCUGGAAACCUGGGAGGUGGCGUGGUGUCCAUCGAGAGGAGCAAGAGCAAAAUUGCUAGCAGCAAGGCCGAACUCAAGGUGCUGCUCCUGGAUGGUUUGGUGGAGAGGGGCUUGCGUUUGAUCCCAGAGGCUGAGAGGUCUGAUGAGAGCAUCGUGCAUGCGACUACCCCGAGACGUACGGAGACGCCUGCGGAUGGCCCUCCCGGAGCGGAGCGUGAGUUUGUAGAGGGCGAUGCGCGGCCUGAACCACCGCGCACUCCUCCUCGCUACGGGCCGCCCUCCCCAGCUCCUUCCUCUCCCGGCUCAGUUGGUGGUGCUCGGCGCGCUUUGCGGCUGGCACGCAUCAAGAUGGAGGCCGAGCAGAAGGAUCGGGACCGCAGUGCCGAGCUCGAACUGCAUAUACGGAGGCUUGAGAUCGAGGCUGACAAAGCUGUGCGCCUCAGACGCCUUGAGCUGGAGGCCGAAGGCCGCCUCCCCAGUCCUACUCAACGCCCGGGCGUCGCUGCACCUGCCACAGCCCUCUCCCCAGCUGUUCAUGACUCUCUUGACCCUGAUCGUCCACGCUCUCCUGGAACCUCCACAAGGGACAGAGUCUGCUUCUACUGCCGCGAGCCCGGACACGUAAUCGCAGACUGCCCUACUCUCAGACAAAAGGAAGAGUGUUCAGCUCCAAACGUUCAGAGCAUUGGGUUAAUUCAAUCUGGCCUAGUAUCACUGAAUGGCGAAGCACCAGAUCAACGCCCCAUCCGUAUCCUACGAGACACUGGCGGUUCCCAGAGCUUGAUUUUGGCCAGUGCUCUCCCGUUUUCAUACCGCUCUUACUGUGGUUACAGGAGUGUGUUACGGGGAGUUGAGAUGGGCUACCGCCCGCGGCCCGUUCACUCUGUUCAUGUCCAGUCAAACCUCGUUACAGGAAAGUUUCCGUUAGCUGUUGUCCCUGCGCUACCCAUUGAAAAUGUAGACAUGAUUUUAUGUAAUGAUUUGGCAGGGGGCAUGGUGUUUCCUCCCCUGUUGGAGGCGGUUCUGUCCCCGCUUGUGUGUGCCUCUGAUCGUCAGAUGCCCACGGGUUGUGCUGUGGCGCACACCCGUCCUCCAGAACAGUGCGGUUGUAGUCUGCCCGCCAGUCCAGUGAAACCACGAGUACCGCCGCACUUUACUCCACCCGCCACUUCUGUACGGAAGCACAAGGCUAGGGCCACCAGGCUUGGGUACUUGAAAUAUCUGACAAAGAAGUACCUGAAGAAAAACAAUCUCAGAGACUGGUUGCGUGUUGUGGCCAACACUAAGGAGAGCUAUGAGCUGCGCUACUUCCAAAUCAACCAAGACGAAGAAGAGGAGGAGGAGGAUUAA